AAUGGAGAAAACUACUAAAACCAAAAAAAAAUCCUUUAUUAUGUAAAAGUUCUUUGAGGGAAAAGGAAAAAAAAAGGUUUGGAAUGAGAAAUGGAUACAAUAAAUCCAUUGAAAGACCAACCUCAUUCAAUUCCCUUGAGGAAGUUAUUGCUUUGGGCUUUGUAUGCUCUUCUUCCUAUAGUAACUUUUUAUCACUUAAUUGCCUUUCCUUUUCCUCACUCACUUUCUCAAUCUAAACAAUCACCAGUCAUCACCACAUCAUCUUCAACUCCAUCAAAAGAAAUAGGAAAUGCUAGUGUAGAAAUUUCAUGUGACUAUAGCAAUGGCAAUUGGAUUCAAGACAAAUUAGGCCCUUUAUACACAAAAUGCAACACUAUCAAAGAGGGCCAAAAUUGUAUAACACAUGGUAGACUUGAUAAUGACUAUCUUUAUUGGAGAUGGAAGCCAAAUAAUUGUCAACUUCCAAGAUUUGAUCCAAAAAAAUUUCUUCAACUCUUCAAAAACAAGAAUUUAGCAUUUGUUGGUGAUUCACUAGCUAGAAAUCAAUUGGAAUCAUUACUUUGUAUGUUAUCCACUUUUAGUCCUCAUGACUUAGUUUUUAGUCAUGGUGAGGAAAAUAAGUUUAGGAAAUGGCAUUUUCCUUCACAUAAUGUUAAUAUAUCAAUUUAUUGGUCACCUUUUCUAGUUAAAGGGGUUGAAAAAUCAGACAAGACAUAUUAUAAUACUUUGUACUUGGACUCUGUUGAUGAGAAAUGGGCUAAAGAUUUAGGACAAAUGGAUUUGGUUGUGUUUUCAAUUGGACAUUGGUAUUUGCUUUCAGCAAUUUAUUUUUAUGGUGACAAAGUACUAGGUUGUCAUUCUUGUCCUGGUUUGAAUUACACUGAGGUUGGAUUUUAUGAUGUUUAUGGUAAGGCAUUUGAGACAACUUUUAAGACAAUUCUUGAUAGGAGGGGUGGUGGCAAAGACAAACUUGAUGUGAUUGUGACAACAUUUUCACCAGCACAUUUUGAAGGUGAAUGGGAUAAAUAUGGGGCAUGUUCUAAGACAAAGCCUUAUGAUGCUAAGGAGAAGGAGAAACUUGAAUGGAUGGACGCGGAGAUGAGGGAAACAUCCAUUAAACAAGUGAGUAUUGCCAAAAAGGAAGGUCAUGAUGAGAAGAAUGUGGUGAGGUUUGAGGCAGUGGAUGUGACUAAGUUGGCAUAUUUGAGACCUGAUGGUCAUCCUGGACCUUAUAUGCAUCCUUUUCCAUUUGCUAAUGGGAUUCAAGAACGCGUUCAGAAUGAUUGUGUUCAUUGGUGUUUGCCAGGGCCUAUUGAUACAUGGAAUGAGAUUUUGAUGCAAGUCAUGAUCAAGAAAAUGGACAAGCUAAGAUAG